AUGACAGGCAUAGAGUUCGCUAUAACAUAAUUACUGAAGAAAGCUUUCAUUCCCUGUAGAAUCAUCUGUUGAGGGGCUCCCUGAAAGAUGUUGGAUCCGAUCAUUUUCUACUGCCUGGGGGCGUUUGUCCUACUGGUGGGCUUCGUCGGCUGGGUCGGAAACCUGCUGAUUGUUUAUGUCUUCUUCAGAUCUAAACAUUUCCACCACACGAAGAACGUGCUAACGUUGAAUCUGGCCAUCACGAACGUCCUGAUGUGUUUAGCGACGGUUCCCACUUACGUGGCGUCCAGCUUCAGUCGGAAGUGGAUCUUCAGUGAUACAGUUUGCCAGAUGACCGGCUUCAUGGCGGGGUGGUUCGGCACACAGUCUAUCUGCACCCUGGCGGCGAUCGCGCUCGAUCGGUGCAUCGCUAUCACUAUGCCGCUUACCGGCAAACUGAAUCGGGGCCGGAGGAUGGCGGUGAGUGUGGCGGUAGUGUGGCUGUGGUCCCUGGUCUGGUGUUUACCGCCGUUCUUCGGCUGGAACAAGUGGUCCAAGCUGAAAUACCAGACAAGCUGCACCUUCGACUACCUAUCAGGAAAUACGUUCCAAAGAUGGUACAUCAUGGCCCUGACACUGGCAGGCUUCGUCCUGCCCAUGGUGGUGAUGGUAGUGUGCUACUACGCCAUCUGGCGGGCUGCGCGGCGCAGCACCCUGGCGCUGAAGAGCAUGAUGGACAAAGGGUCAUUUCAGAAGUUGCCGAAGAAGCGGAGACAAGUGGACGUCCACACCGCCAAGAUCGGGCUGCUGGUCACCAUGCUGUUCAUCCUGGCCUGGACACCCUUCGCCAUCGUGGCUCUCAUUGGCUUUGCUGGGUACGGUCACCUGCUAACGUUAAACCCUCUUGCCGGAGCCAUUCCGGCUGCAAUCGCCAAAGGGGCCGUUGUCGUAAACUUCGUCGUGUAUGCGGCGCUCAUGCCUGACUUCCAGCGAGGUAGGUAA